UAAGAGUUCUAGAAACAAUUUCUGCUUGAUAUUGUUGCAACACUAAAACACCAGCAUGUAUGCAAAAGUGCAAUUGUUUGUGCUACUCCUGCUUGCGACGGCUCGCGAUUCUACCACCGAAAAGAAAAUUGCGUCUCCAUCGUUGUCUCAGCAACAGCAGCAGCAUGACUGCACUGCCGUUGCAAAGGAUGAGGAAACGAUGCUCGUUUUUUCCACCCUCGGGGGCGGAUUGACUGCAAUUGACCCGCUGACGGGAGAGACACGUUGGUCCAUCGCCGACGAACCGGCAAUCCGCGUACCGGCUCCGUCCGAUAUGUCCGCCCAUUAUCUGCCCGAUCCUCGAGACGGAAGCCUAUACCGAAUGAAUGGGCUAGAGGGCGGGCUUAAGAAGCUACCGUACACUAUCCCCCAGUUGGUGGCCAAUGCACCGUGCCGAUCGAGCGACGGGAUCCUGUAUUCUGGCAAGAAGAGCGACGUUUGGUUUCUGAUUGAUCCCAAAACGGGCCGGCGAGAAAAGGUUCUUGGUUUCGGCGGAGCGUCACCAGAAUCAUCCCCUCGGGAUGGUGGUGGACCGGAUUCUAUCGGUUGGGCGACAUCCCGUGCCGUGUAUCUCGGUCGGACGCAGUACACCGUCAUGAUGUACGAUAGCCAAUCGACCGAUCGGAACAGCAAACCAUGGAAUGUUACGUUUUUCGAUUACACGGCCCAUUCAAUGGCACCGGAUAUAACUAAAGAGUACGAGUUCCUGCAUCUCACCAGCAGCUCCUCUGGGCUGACGGCUACGUUUGAACAAAAGAAGGGAACUCCGAUGUGGCAGAAGGACCUCGCCAGUCCGGUGGUUGCCGUUUUUCUGCUAGGCUCCGAAGGGUUGCUGAGCGUACCCUUCCAGACCGUUUCGGACGACGUAUUACAGGAGAUAAACGAACGGGCUAAGAGUGGAAAUUUCGACGACAUGAAGCUAUUUGAAACCGUGUAUAUCGGUGCGGCAGGAAACAAUCUGUACGCAAUUCCGUCGCUAGUGGAUAAGAAUACUGCAACGAUUCCCUCGGAACCGUCCAUUAAUUUGCUCGGAGGCCCUUCGAAGAUUCGUCCGGCGCGGGAUCAUACUUCUGGUCAUGAGUUAAUAUCCAAAGCAUCUCGGCUCGGUGGAAAAAACGAAAACAUUAUUAUACUCGGCCACUAUCAAACGCCCAAGACGGACGACAGCAUCAAGCUUGACAUUGUGCCGAGCGGCCCAGCGUCGAUAGGUAAGGGAUUCUGGAAGCAUCAGGAACUGUCCACUAUGCUAGUUGGCGGGCCUUCCGGAAUUGGCUUAUCCAAGUUUAGCACGCAGAAGGAUACCCAUACCAUCGGGGUGCAAACGGAGGACAACGAGGAGUAUGGAGAAACGAAUGAGACGAGCUCCACGGAUCUACAGAGUAGUACCGAUUUUAUCCGAGCCUUGUUCAGUCGCCUGUACAUGGAUACGAAGCUGUGGCUCGAAUCACAGCCCAACAAACUACCCACGAUCCUGCUAAUUACGCUGUUCGGAAUGUUCAUCUUUGGGUUUUGGUACAUACAUCUGCAGAUGAAGGCAUUGCAAGAAAGCCAGGGUGGAUCUCAGACAAGCAACUCCAACCGCAGUGGUUCUGGCGGUAGCGGUGGAAGUGGCAGUGGUAGCUACAGCGAACCGAUCGACUUCGGGGACGGUGAAAUGCGCGUCGGAAAGAUACACUUUAACACGCAAAGCGUAUUGGGCAAGGGCUGCGAAGGAACGUUCGUUUUUCGUGGCACGUUUGAAAAGCGCGAAGUAGCGGUGAAGCGAAUUCUGCCCGGUUGCUUCACGCUAGCGGACCGCGAGGUAACCCUGUUACGCGAGAGCGAUGCGCACGAAAACGUAGUACGCUACUUCUGCACCGAACAGGAUCGCCAGUUCCGAUACAUCGCAGUGGAGCUUUGUGCGGCCACGGUGCAGGAUUAUGUCGAUGGUAAGCACACUUCAACGGUAACUGUGAGCUCUUCAGUGACGGUGGGAAUACUGCGUAAGAAAAUUUCUGCUCACGAUAUUCUGCAACAAGCGACGAGUGGUUUAAUGCAUCUGCAUUCACUCAGCAUCGUGCAUCGGGACAUAAAGCCGCAGAAUAUACUACUCUCGCUUCCCGACAAUCGCCAGCGGGUCCGAGCGAUGAUAUCGGACUUUGGAUUGUGCAAGAAGCUGAACUACGGCAAGGCGAGCUUCUCCCGCCGGUCCGGUGUGACCGGUACGGACGGAUGGAUUGCACCGGAGAUGCAGCGAGGCCAACGGGCCACCACCUCAGUGGACAUUUUCUCACUCGGGUGCGUGUUCUAUUAUGUGCUCUCGGACGGGUUCCAUCCCUUCGGCGAUAAUCUCAAGCGCCAAGCAAACAUUCUGUCGAACGAAUACGAUCUCGGUAUGCUGCGACGGGAAAACCCACUUCCCGAUUGCCGCACGGUACUGGCGGAAGAAAUCGUCAGCGAUAUGAUCCAUGUCGAGCCGAGCAAACGGCCAUCAGCACGAACGGUAGCAAACCAUCCGCUAUUCUGGAACAACGAGCGUGUUCUUGCGUUCCUGCAAGACGUCAGCGAUCGCGUGGAAAAACUAGAUGUUAUGACCGAGCCGUUGCGAUCGCUGGAGAAAAAUGCACGCUUCGUCGUACGGGACGAUUGGAGUCAGUACCUGGAUGCGGAGAUCACAAACGAUCUGCGAAAGUUCCGUGGCUACCAGGGCUACAGUGUGCGUGAUUUAUUACGUGCGCUUCGGAAUAAGAAACAUCACUACCAUGAGCUAACGGCAGAAAUGCAACGCGCGUUAGGUGCAAUUCCACACGAGUUCACUCGCUACUGGUUGAGCCGGUUUCCUCGGUUACUGUCCCACAGCUAUCACGCAUUAGCGGACAGCUCACGGGAGCCAAUAUUCCGGCAUUAUUAUAAUGCAAGCGAUGACACAGAACACGCUAGUGGAUCUUCCCACUCACUAACGAACGGGUUCCGGUUCUCUAAGCCGUCGUACUUCAACCGAGACGACAACGACAACUACGAGCUGAUCCGAUAUUACGAAGCUGCGCAAAUGAUGAAAAAUACAACCAAAAGCCCGAAGCGAAGACCGCCGCCUGGAGGUGAUGGCGUUCAGGAUGGGUCGACACCGGAUCGAAAACCUGGCUUAGGGGGACCAAACAAACGAGGAACGUAUAAUUUUAGCAAAUCGUCAAUGGGUCAUGGUGGUGGAUUUAUUACACGGCAACAAAUGCGAGACAGCAUGGAGUCUGGGCCUGCGAUGGAGGAUGGUAGAUCUUCUUCCACAGCAACAACCACCGGCAGUGAGGAGAAAGAAUCGCAAAACGUCGAUGGCGGUGUUUAUCAGAGGAGAAAAUACGCGUCUGGCAGUGGUGAUGUUCCUGCAAGUAAUCAGAUUAACCCCAUCAGACGGCGUGAGGUGCAAUCAAAGGUGACAUGGAAUUUAGAUUCCAUCGUAUCCCAGAACGGGAAUAGGAAUGAGUGAGUCCUUGCGGACCUUGUGAUAUGUUGGAUGUGUCUUUGGUUUGUUUGUUCCGGAAUGGUACCGAUCUUUCUUGUGGCUACGUGUGCUACAGAAGAAGAGUAUUGUUCUCAGCUGGAUCGUGAGGUUUGUGGCUUUAUUUUGCUGUUUUGCAUUCCAUUUGCUAGAUUUCAACGAGAAGGGUCUUCAGCGUACACAUUGAGGAAAAAUGUGGUGUGAAUGAUUUAAAUCAUUUAGUUUGCUUCGUUAUUGAUCAACAAUUGAAACAUUUUAAGAGCAUUGUGGAGCACGCAUUAGUGACAAUACCUUAGUUUUUUUAUAGGGCCAUUAAACCAUUCGAUGGUCUGUCCGUUUACUACCAGGUUUGAGUAAGUACAAAGGCGUGCUUAUCUUAUACCAACCUACUACUUUUUACUAUAUUUCUUAAUCCAUAUCGAUUACGCCACUCAACGAUCACGCAAAGGUUCAUUGUGGAACUGUUUGAAUGCCUGUAACGGAAGAUAACGCAAUGAGCAAAAAAACAUGCUAUUGCGACUAUGUCUGUGAUACCGUGUGGUAGCAUUUAAGUAAAUCAAAAGACAGCUAGUUUGUAAGUUCCAAAAACGCAUACUGUCGCACAGAAUGCACUUAUGAGCCACAUUUAAUAUUAAGCGAUAAUCUUCUACUGACAACGCAUGCACAUUAACACAUGCAUUAUGGGUAAGUACACCACGUGCAAUUACGCAAAUGAUACCGACUAGCAAAAUUUACACAUGAUUGGUACUAAUUUCAUCGAAACGAUAGGAAAAGAUUCUUUUUUUAAAUAAGUGCAAACAUCGAAGCCAAUAAGAAUGAACCUAUGUAAUACAGCCCUUUUCUCAUUACAUCUCUCUUGAUAUAAUUUCCCGUUGUAUAGAUGCAACUUGUAGAUUAAGUUUUGUAAGCAGAGAAUUCAAUUUCGUUGUCAUCUUGAAAGAAAAAUUACUUUGAGUUAAAGCGCUAUAUCCAUCAUAUGUUUGUUGAUGAAUAACCGAUUGGAUGAUAACCUGUUUUGAAAUGAAAGCUAGUUUGUGUUACCGGCAACGUAAGGCACGAAAUGGUAGCUAAUGGAUUAAUUUGCGUUGUUCCUUAUUCGUGUAAAUAAGGUUUGGAAAUAAAUUGUUGUU